CGCAUUCACUCUCCGGGAGGCUGAUUAAACCUGUCGUCUACGGCGCAGGUUAGCGCAAACCGGAAGGAAGUGUAUAUAUAUUCGAAGCUCUUUUGCGAAGUAGCCAUUGUGCGACUGUCUUCUCCGAAAUGGGCCACAACAAAUCCAGGCGAUCCAGAAACCACUCUUCUCACCGAGGCCAGUCCAGUAAUAAUCGCGAACUCCAAUUGGAAGAAGAUCAUGAUAGGUCCCUCCCAUCGCAACAAGAUAUUGCAAAGGAAGAGGAAGAUGAGUCGCAGGUCCCAAAAAUCCAGCUUGCAAUGUGGGAUUUUGGACAGUGUGAUGUGAAAAGAUGCACAGGACGCAAGCUUUCAAGAUUUGGCUUGUUGAAGGAACUGCGGGUUAGUAAUGGCUUCGGUGGCAUUGUCCUAAGCCCUGUUGGGAAUCAGUGCGUCUCAAAGGCAGAUCACCUCCUAAUAAAGAGAAGAGGGUUGGCUGUUGUGGACUGCUCAUGGGCACGUUUGAGCGACGUUCCUUUUGUGAAACUUCGCUGUGCUGCUCCUCGUCUCUUGCCUUGGUUGGUGGCUGCAAAUCCCGUAAAUUACGGUAGACCGUGUGAGUUGUCUUGUGUGGAAGCAUUAUCAGCAGCCCUACUAAUAUGUGGAGAAGAGGAAACAGCAAAUCUCUUGCUGAGCAAAUUUAAAUGGGGGCACGCAUUCUUGACUCUGAACAGGGAGCUUCUAAAGGCAUAUUCUGAAUGCGAAAAUGGCUCUGACAUCAUCUCAGUCCAAAACACCUGGCUUUCUAACAAUGCACGAAUCCGAAAGCCGCCUCCCGAUUUUGAUGGUGUUGAUGUAGAAUCUCUUAGCAACAAAGCCGGGUCUGAUUACGAUUCAGAGGAUGGACUUCCACCGCUUGAAAAGAAUUUGAACCACUUGAGCUUGGAGGAAAGUGAGGAAGAAAGUGAUGAAUGAAGUUUUUUCUUUUUCUUUUUUCCCCCCUUUUUCAGGCAAAACACAAUGGGCCGGCCAGCACAGUAAAUUAUUCCAAAGGCAGAGGCACCCAAAAUACAAUUUCUGAUGGUCAUUCCUGUGGUUUUUAUGCUGCCUAUGUUCUUCAUUCUGUUAGAGAGAGAGAGAGAGAGAGAGAGAGAGAGAGAGAGAUUUUGUGCUGCCUGUUUUCUUCCUUCGAUUACAUGGACAUGCUGGGCAUCAUGAAUAAUUCGAUUCCUGGAAAUUUUUGUCAUUAGUAAGUCAAAAUGCUUUCUAUAGAAAAAUGCUUUUAUGCAA